AUGCAUGGACCUACACCGAAAGCUAUAUCCCUCAAUGCGAGAAGCGUGAAGAGACCAAGAAGAGCACCUAAGCUUGUAGUCUCCACACAGGCCAUGAACAGGCUAUCUAACGUAACACUCUCUGCUGAACAAGAAAAAUUGAGGGAGCGUGUUUUGUCGUUCAUGCGUUCAAACUUAACUCAGUACAAGUCCGACUGGAAGCAUCCCGCCAUGUUUGUGAUCCAAGGGGACGCAGGUACAGGCAAGUCUGUGAUUCUAAACUCCUUGUUCAAUGAAAUUCAGAAACUAUCCCAGUUCUCACCUUCUUCUGAAGAUAUCUUACAUGGGACACAUAAUUACCUGGUAGUCAACCAUCCCGAGAUGUUGAAGUUAUAUAUCCGGAUUAGCGACGGUUUCAAAUAUAUUACUAAAUCGUCACUAGAACGGCCCACUUCAUUGAUCAACAGUCUACAGAAGAAGAACGCCAUGGCGGAUAUAGUGAUUGUAGAUGAAGCACAUUUGUUAGCCACCUCUAAGGAUGCCUUCAAAAGAUUCUAUGGCGAAAACCAUUUGAAAGAUUUGAUGUCCCUCUGUAAAGUGCUUGUCCUAGUUUACGAUGAUAAACAAGCCUUGAGAAUGGGGUCCUAUUGGGACGAAAAUUCCAAAAAUGGUGCCACUUUGAAGGACUUCUAUAAUCAGAUUCCAUCACAAUCUAGGGAUUGGUACACUUUGAAACAGCAAUUUAGGGUUGCUGCUCCACAAAACGUGUUGAAUUGGAUCGACCAGAUCAGCGUUUCAGGAAAGAUCCCACAAAUUGAAUCUGUACUACCCAAGGGUAAAACCGAUGGUGUCGAUGAUAAAACCAAAGAUUUUGACUUCAAAAUUUGGGACGAUUGUGGUGCCAUGUAUGAGGCCAUUAAGGAAAAAGACCGCCAAUAUGGUCAAUGUAGAAUGUUGUCCACAUACGAUUUUCCCUACCGCCUGGAUGGGAAGGACUACUAUGUUGAAUGUGGUGACAAUUUCAAAGUUCGUUGGGAUCGUUAUACGCCGCGUGAAGUGACACCUUGGAGUGAACGUGGCGAUACCAUUGAUGAGGUAGGAAGUGUAUACACUAUCCAGGGGUUUGAUCUGAAUUAUGCUGGUGUGAUCCUGGGCCGCUCCAUCGGGUUUGAUGCGGCCAACAAUUGCAUAAAACUUAGACCAGAGUUGUAUGAUGAUAGGGCCGGCUUCACCAAAAAGAAAAACAUUCACAAUGCAGAUGAUGUCAAACAAAAGAUCAUUAUGAACAGUAUUAACGUUCUUUUAACUCGUGGUGUACGUGGACUGUAUGUCUAUGCCUAUGAUCCUGAGCUAAGAGAAAAACUGCUUCGUCCAUCAAAAAAAUGA